AUGCAGUUCACGUCAAUCCCGCUCUUUCAUCCUCAGCAUCUAGAUGGUCAUCCUCAUCCUCAACAAACAUGAUGACGGAGAAUAAUGUACUCCGAAGAUGCUGAAACAUUCCGUUGCCAUGGAUGCAAAGCCCAUAUUAAUGCUUCACAUCAAAUAUUUACAAACAUGAGCUCCGAAUGCUGGGAAGCAAGAUUCCGCCUUCAACUGAAGUCGCUUCCUGUCAUUAUGUUUCCAGAGUUUUUUGUAUCUCUUGAAUUUAAUGGAAAAUUAUGACUUGUUUCUUUUUUUCAAUUCAUACUCCAAAUCUUUUAGUCUGAAACAUUUUAUAAUGCAACAAAAUUUCUAGGAAGAUUCUAGAAAAAAGAAUAUCAGAAAAGUGAUUUUGAAAGAAAAAAGAUUUGGUUCUUUUAAAUUUGAUUCUAAAGAUUUAAAUAAUAGAGUUAUAAAUACAAAGAGUAGCCAUUCUUAUCAAAGCACGACCAUAAAUAAUUUAAAAUCUUUUUCAAACAAUUUGAUUUAAGAUCUUAAAGAAUAUUAAUACACUGACUCACAAGUUGAAGAAUGAAAUAUCAUGUCUUAAUGUGCCAUAUAAAACAAAAUUUGUUACCAUAUACGUCCGUUUCAACUAUUUGCUAAAAAAAUUUUAAAGAAAUUUUAUGUGAUUGCAUUGAAAAGAGUUUCGAGAAAUUGGAUGUUAUUAAAUUAGUAACUUUUAUAAUCUGAACAUCUACAAUGAACAUCAAAUAGUUUAUUAAGAUUUUCAUUGCUUUCGAUUCCUUUUUCUUCUCAAUGAGAUGAUGCCUUUUACAUAUUUAAGGAAAGUUUUUAUGAAAGAAUUUGUUGCUCUUAUAAUACAGUCAAUAUAAAAAUUCAAAUCAAAUUAUUUCAAGUUGCCACUCUUUCGAAAGCAUUAGAUUCUUCACUUGGCAAGAAAGAUAAGAGAUUUGAAUAUGUGAUGACACGUCAGACAGAAGGUUUGGUUAUUUAUAAUGGAAAACAAUAAGAACGAGACUGCACACGAAAAUGCCAAUUCCCAACCAUCACCAACGUCAGAGUCCAAUAUCAUCAACAACCAACUCCCAUCCAACACGCAGGCGCAGAAAAUCGCUCAAGUAUCGAGCAAGCGAAAAACUCCAAGGUACCUGCAAAAUGCAUCCAUUAAGCUUCUCACACAUCCAGUUGACAAAAACAUUGUAUGGAGCUUCCUAAUAUCUAUAAUUUUCGCUGCCAUAUCUGUUCUCACUGGAUUUCCAACAGUCAUUGUGCUUGUUUGGUUCCUUUUCAUAGCUCUUGUGGCGAGGAUUCUCAUCGCCAAAUGCUCCAUUUACCGAAGACUGAACAGAGAACAUAACGACAUCGAAAGAAACCAAAACCAGAAUGAGAGUCCACAGGAUGUUUGCAUUACAGCCGAUAACUUCGCACGUCCUCCAGAGUCCCUAUGGCUACAUGACACUAGCUUUAAUCUAUACAUCGCGCAUUGCCUUUUCUUUCUCGAAUCAGGAUUCAGCUGUGCCAAGCUUCAAGAGUUGAUAAAGCUUAGAAUUUUGAACCAAACCAAUGAAGAAGGUUGGCCGGCUUUUCCCAGAUUCAUCCAAAAGAUUGUGCCCGUCUGUAGUGGUUAUUAUUGGAUGGACGAUAACAACUUCUCACUGGACAACCAUAUAUAUGAAGAAAAGAAGGACAUAAAGUCCAACGAGGAACUCCAAAAUCAUCUAAAUGAACUCAUGUGCCAACCUUUGCCUCUGUCCAAACCUCUGUGGGAAAUCAGACUCAUCAAGGAUUUUGGUAAAAACAAAGAUACUGUUCUUGUAAUUAGAAUCCAUCAAGCUGUCAGUGACGCUAUCACAUUGAUCUUGAUUCUGGCCAAUUAUCUGUCCGAUAACCAACAACUUUUAAAGCUCAGGACUAGGUUUGGGUCGGCCACCUUUUUCUUGAACUUGUUCCGAGCCUUGUUCGUCGCACCUCUUACGUUCCUCGGAUGGCUUUUGUUUAGAAAAAGAGACUACAACUUCUUCAAUCGGCGUCACAAGCCGCAGAAUAGAGUAGUAGCGUGGUCGAAUAAUAUCAAGUUUUCGAAGGUUUUGAGGAUCAAACAGGUGAUGAGAUGUAGCAUGAAUGAUGUUUUUGUGUCUGCAGCUUCCGGCGCCGUCAGAGCUUAUUUCACUAGACACGGAAUUCGCAACCCACCAAACGUAACGCUGAGCAUCCCCGUGGAUCUUCGCUUUGACCGGGGUGGAAUCCCUGAGAUGGGUUGCAGGUUCUCUCAAGUGAGCGUUCGGCUGCCCUCUAACACAGAAGGAGCAGUGCCAAGACUCUGGGAAGUUCGAAGGAGGAUGGAAGAGCUCAAGACUUCCCCCGAUACACUUGUUAUGUUCGGAGCCGUCUACUGCCUACUGCCGAUUCUACCAGAGGCCGUUGCCCAAUGGAUAUUGAAUACUGUCAUUAGAAAGGCUACUGUCGUCCUGGCGAAUGUCCCAGGCCCCGAGGAAUUUCUCACCCUGGGCUCGAAGAAACUGAAGAAGAUGAUCUUCUGGAUGUCUCCCCGGCCAGAGAUUCCGGUUGUCUUCUCCGUUAUAUCGUAUGCGGGGUCCAUUCAACUAUCGGUGUCCGCAGACAAGAUGGUGGUCACACAACCGCAGCUUCUCAUCAAGGAAUUUGUCAUGGAGCUGAAGAGAUUGUCUCACCUUCUGGCCAGACGGCGCAUUCCUGGCGAACACAGAAGACGAAGUCAUUUUACAGAGGAGCGGCGACUAGCUGAAAUCAUUAACCCUCCAGACGGAGAGUUGCAACAGAAACUGCAUUCAGUACAAGAAGAGAUCCACGCAGUAACUCUGCAACUGAACAAACUUCUUGGCGAAACAAAGUCUUGCGGACCUUCGGAAGCCAAACUCCUGCAAACACUGGAUGAAUUAAAGGAAGAAUUUUCUGAACUAAUGAGAGAACUCAGAAGGAGGAAAUCGUUGGCGGACGGAAUUGUCCUUAAUAAUCAAGUAAGCCUGCUGGAGGACGAAGACAUGGACGGCGAACUACGUCGACGACCUCGUCGCCUGACUCUCACCACUCCUGGUCGAAGGGCUAGUCUCAGCACCAUGCUGGCAUCAACAACACGUCCUCUUGCAACUCCUACCAUUUCACAUCACGCGUUCGUAGUGUCCACUCCGAAUCUGCAGACAGCAGAAGACUUCUCGCCAACAACAUCCCAGACGAAGUCCAGCUUUCUUCAAGUGGCGCAAGAACGUUCCGGAAGAAGAAAAUCGGAUUUCAACUGAUUUUCGAAAAUUGCUGUUUCUGAAUUCAGAGAACAAAUAAUAGGAACAUUCUUCAUACAUUUCCAGAAAGUGGGUUAUUGAAAGUGUUUCCAUAGGAAUGGACGAAUCUUAUUUUCUUUUUAUACUAUACCUUUAUCUAUCACCCUGCAGAUCAAAUUUUCUUAUAGGGAUAGUAUUGCUAUACUGAAUAGAUCUGCUCAAAAUAAAAUUGCCAGACUCCGAUUUCUACUUUUACCAAGGCCAAAAUGGAAAACUUUAUUGUUAAAAAGACACACAAAAAAAUUGUAUGACAGGCAAUAUGAACUUAUUGUUAUUCUUUCAAUAAGGCUCACGUAAUUUUUUGAUCGAUAAAUUUUGAAAUUCAUAUUUUAAAAAUAGAAUCGUUAGAUUUUUAUUAGCAUGAAUUACAUAUUAUAGUGGCCGAAUUGAAAUGGCAGCUAAGAAAUUGUUUUUUCUUCUUUAAUUUGAAAGUAUAUGUGAUUUUCUUUCAAAGUAUCGAGGCGUAUGUUUUUAUAACAAAAAAAUUGUUAAUUUGUAAUAUAUUGUAUUUCAUUUAAUAGAAUAGUACUGCAAAUAAUAAUCUUCCUAAGCACAAGCAGCAACCAAUCGAUAAUUUAUAUUUUCAACAAAACAUUG